CCAGGUGAGAUACUAAGUAGAUUUAUUUGCCACCACCCCAAUAACCUUGAGAGGAGGCAUGUUAGUUUCAGAGCUGUUACAUCUGUCUUCAAUAAAUAGUAUCGAUUAAAAAAUUGCUAAACUCCCAAAUAAGGGGAGGAAAUGACCAAGUAUCAGUGAUGACCCAAGAAGUAUGAGAUAGCAGUGAGGAAAUCUCUUAGUCUCUGCUGGUUUCUUAACAGUGGACAGUCCCAGAUGUUGAAGUCAGCACAACAUGAGAAAAACCUAAAUCCUGAUAAGAGUUGAGGAUUUUUCAAAAUUAAAUGCAAAAUAGUUGGGGCAAAUGUUGCUGCGAGAGUCAAGGUUAAGUCAUAUAGUAAGAAGACAAAGCCGGAAAUUCUUCCUGUUUUACUUUGCAUGCACUUUGCCUCUGCAAACCCAGGACAUAAGGACGUUAGGCGCCAGGAAGCAGCUCUUGGAACUUAAAACAACAACCCAUGUGAACUGGAAUGCACAUCGUAGCUCUCACCACUCAUUUGAUUACAAAGCCCUUUCUGUUUCUAAAUAAAAGCUAUGCCUUUCAAACCUGAAGUCCUGCAUGUUGCAAGCGUGGAAAUGCAGCUAACGGCUGCAGUGUCAUUUCUGACCAUUCUGCAGGAAGAAUCAAUGUCAGUCCAUACCUAUGCACACUCCUUUCUGCAAGUCAUUCUCCUGCACCUGGAGCACAGGGACACAGGUGUCAGCAAUGCAUGGCUGGAAACACUUCUCUCUGCAAUAGAAUUAUUACCAAAAGAAACUCUGAGGCAUGAGAUUCUCAAUCCACUUGUUUCCAAGGCACAACUUUCUCAAACUGUCCAGUCGCGUUUAGUUAGCUGUAAAAUUUUAGGAAAACUAACCAACAAAUUUGAUGCCCAUAGCAUUAAAAGAGAAAUACUUCCCCUGGUAAAAUCACUCUGUCAAGAUGUGGAAUAUGAAGUUCGAUCUUGUAUGUGUCGGCAGUUAGAAAAUAUAGCUCAGGGCAUUGGGACAGAACUGACAAAGAGUGUGGUGCUCCCCGAGUUAAUAGAACUCUCUGGGGACGAGAGUGGCAGUGUGCGGCUUGCUGCUUUUGAAACCUUGGUUAACAUGCUUGACAUGUUUGAUACAGAUGACAGAAGUCAAACUAUACUCCCCUUAGUGAAAUCAUUCUGUGAAAAAUCUUUCAAAGCAGAUGAAUCAAUUCUUAUUUCUUUAUCUUUUCAUUUAGGAAAGCUAUGCCAUGGACUCUAUGGAAUUUUCACUCCAGAUCAGCACUUGAGAUUUUUGGAAUUUUAUAAAAAACUUUGUACGUUGGGUUUGCAACAAGAAAAUGGCCACAAUGAAAACCAGAUUCCAUCCCAAAUUGCAGAGCAGGAGAAGAAAUAUACUUCAGUACGAAAGAACUGUGCUUACAACUUUCCGGCCAUGAUUGUUUUUGUUGAUCCUAAAAACUUCCACAUGGAACUCUAUUCUACAUUCUUCUGCCUUUGUCAUGACCCUGAAGUACCAGUCAGAUACACUAUUGCUAUUUGCUUUUAUGAAGUAUCUAAACUUCUGAAUUCUGGAGUAUAUUUAAUACACAAAGAACUGUUAACACUAUUACAAGAUGAAUCACUGGAGGUACUAGAUGCUCUUAUAAAUCACCUCCCAGAAAUCUUGGAACUUAUGUCUAUUGGUGGAGAAAGCAGUGUUCAAGAAAAUAAGUUAUCUUCUCUGCCUGACUUGAUUCCUGCACUCACGGCUGCUGAGCAGCGAGCUGCAGCCUCUCUGAAGUGGAGGACCCAUGAGAAGCUGCUGCAGAAAUAUGCCUGUCUGCCUCACAUCAUAUCGAGUGACCAGAUUUAUUACCGUUUCUUACAAAGAAUGUUUACCAUCAUGAUGACAAAUAAUGUCUUACCUGUCCAAAGAGCAGCUGCACGAACUCUGUGCAUUUUUCUACGAUAUAAUCGUAAACAAGAGCAGAGGCAUGAAGUCAUUCAAAAAUUAAUUGAACAGUUGGGCCAAGGGAAGAGUUAUUGGAAUAGACUUCGGUUUUUGGAUACCUGUGAAUUUAUCAUAGAGAUCUUUUCCAAAUCAUUUUUCUGCAAAUAUUUCUUUCUACCUGUUAUUGAACUAACCCAUGACCCUGUAGCAAAUGUCAGAAUGAAACUUUGCUACCUGCUGCCCAAAGUGAAAUCAGCUCUGAAGAUUCCUGCAGACAUGCAUCUCCUCCAGCAGUUAGAAAUGUGUGUGAGAAAACUCCUGUGUCAAGAAAAGGAUAAAGAUGUCCUGGCUAUUGUGAAAAAAACAGUAUUGGAGUUGGACAGAAUGGAAAUGUCUAUGGAUGUGUUUCAGAAAAAAAAUUAUGAGAAAGAUUUGUUGGAUCAAGAGAAAGAAAGAGAAGAACUGAUGUUCUUGGAAAUGGAACAGCUAGAGAAGGAGAAGCAUCAGAAUGAUGGGCGGUCGAGUGACAAAAGCUUUGAGAAGAAACGCAGAGACUCUAGGACACCAAUGCAGAGCCUACCCAAGAACAUCCCCAUUUCUGUUCCUGGACCGUCUUCUACUGCUCCAUCAACAAGCAAAGAAAUCAAGAAAUCCAAAUUGAUUCGAAGCCAAUCUUUUAAUAAUCAAGCUUUUCAUGCAAAAUAUGGUAACUUAGACAAGUGUGCUAGUAAAAGCUCCACCUUAGCUCACACGCCUUCUGUCUCAGGGCUGAUGAGGACUGCCAUGCUUUCACUAACUGAUGACUCAUUCCGGACUCGCAAUACCAGUAAUGUUCCAGCUUCCUUUCCUCCUAAUCCUGUCUUGCCCAGUACUUCCCGUGGGACAAGUAACACAGCUGAUCCAAAGAGCAGUGGAAGUAAAGAUGCACAGCCUCGGAAGGCUACCUUAAAAUCUCGAAAAUCCAAUCCUUAAGUCAGCAGCUUGGUGAAGGAGGUGAGCAGUCAGCAGAGACUGUGAUGGUGGAGAAGGCUCCAGUGAUGGCCGGGCGUGUUAAAGAGUGGAGGGAGAGAGGAACAUCAUGCAGCUGAUGGAAACUUACCUCAUUUGGAAUUAGAUUCCCUAGGAGGUAUGCCAUGUUUUAGUGUGGGCUCUGAAUCUCAUUGUUCCAGGGCAGUGUAGUGAGCUCCAACUUGAGGUGUAUCAUCAGACUGCAAAACAGACAUGCCUGGCUCUGUGGGAAGCUGGCUGUUGAUUACCUAAAUUGUACAUUUAGAAAUUCCAUGGCAGUCUGAAUUUGCUGGCUGUUCCUUGGGUAGCUACUUGGGCAAGGACACAGGAGGUAAGGAAAGCACUGUAUUUCCUCAGAGCUCUCUAAGUCGAGCAGACAAGUCAAACCGAACACUGUGGUCCUAUGGGUGCUGGGAUUCUGUGACAGUGUCAGCACCUGGACGACCCCAGUCUAGAUUUGGCCAUGAAAAUCUGCAAAGAUUCUUGAAAAAUUUAGCUACAAAUACCUUAAAAAUGAUAGAUUAAUGAUUUCCUUAAUUCCUAGAAUUUAUUUUAUAAAUGCUUUGUUUACAUUUUGGAUUGUAUCUGUCCUUAAUUUCAAAUGAUGAAUCUAGUUUGAAUCAGCUGUUAUUCCAAGCUAUCAUGCUCAUGCUACGUCAACAGCACCCAUUUGUACUAAUGCUAAUACUUCCAUCAAAAUUUGCCUGUGGAACAUAGAUUGUCCUUAACUUUAAAAUGUCGGCUCCUGAGAUAGAAUGUAUGAAGCUAUUGUCAGCUUCUCUAUUUCAAGUGCAAUCAGCAUAUACCUAUAUUGAUAUCAGAAAAUACUUGUUUUUUAAAGAUAUAUUGAUGUAUGAUAAAGAUGAUCUAAUUUGUGGAUGCAUACAUGUGCGUGGUUACUUUUUAUAAUGUGAAAUGGAUAAUGAGCUUGUUUAAAAUAAAGCAGAGGUGAAUGAGCUACCA